CUUUGCAGUGUCGGCACGUUGUUGUGACAGGAAGAGAUUGUUUGACGGACAGUUUACUCUUAUUGCUCGGUUCCGGCUUGUUGCUGCUGCCGGUGUGUCCUUCUGGUGCUGACAGAAAAGAAAAACUCUUCCUCACUGUCUGUCUUCUUUCAGUAUGUUUUUCUGUCUUACUGGUCUGUAGAACCGCUCUUGUGGAGGCCCUCAGCGGAGUCUGGAAGGGGUCCAGUGGCCGUGGACUGACCAUGGAGAAAAUGGCCAGAGUCACCACGGCCCUGGGGGGCAAUACCCUGACCGGUCGCACUAUGUUUUGCCACCUGGAUGCCCCUGCCAAUGCAAUCAGCGUUUGCCGUGAUGCAGCUCAAGUAGUGGUUGCUGGUCGAAACAUCUUCAAAAUCUAUUCGAUGGAGGAGGAUCACUUCGCGGAAAAGUUAAACCUGAGGGUAGGUCGUAAGCCCUCUCUCAACUUUAGCUGUGCCGACGUAGUGUGGCACCAAAUGGAUGAGAAUCUGUUGGCUACAGCUGCUACUAAUGGCGUAGUGGUGACGUGGAAUCUUGGCAAGCCGUCCAGAAACAAACAAGACCAACUCUUUACAGAGCACAAGAGGACUGUAAAUAAGGUCUGUUUCCACCCGACUGAGGUAUACAUGCUGCUGAGUGGCUCACAAGAUGGCUACAUGAAAUGCUUUGACCUGCGUAAAAAGGACUCGGUCAGCACUUUCUCAGGUCAGUCUGAGAGUGUUCGAGAUGUGCAAUUCAGUAUCCGGGACUACUUCACCUUUGCGGCCACGUUUGAGAACGGAAAUGUACAGCUCUGGGAUAUUAGGAGGCCAGACCGAUGUGAGCGGAUGUUUACUGCCCACAAUGGGCCUGUUUUCUGUUGUGAUUGGCACCCCGAGGACAGAGGAUGGCUAGCCACUGGUGGGCGUGACAAGAUGGUGAAAGUUUGGGAUAUGAACACCAAUCGUGCUAAAGAGAUCUAUUGUGUACAAACUAUAGCUUCUGUAGCCAGAGUCAAAUGGCGUCCUGAGCGAAAAUACCACAUUGGGACCUGCUCUAUGAUGGUGGAUCACAAUAUAUACGUUUGGGACGUGCGUCGGCCGUUCAUUCCCUUUGCCACUUUUGAGGAUCAUAAGGAUGUAACUACAGGCAUUGUAUGGCGCCACCUUCAUGACCCGGACUUUCUUCUCUCUGGCUCGAAGGAUAGCACCCUCUAUCAGCAUAUUUUCCGGGAUGCGAAGAGGCCCAUAGACCGUGCCAAUCCAGAAGGCCUAUGCUAUGGUCUCUUUGGUGAUCUUGCUUUUGCAGCUAAGGAAAGCCUCAUCACCUCAUCAUCAUCUUCACAGGACUCCAACCGAAAACCGUACGAUCGACGACACCCAAUUUUUUUCCUUAGAAGACCUGAUCCCAUGGAACCAUUUGAGAACAUUUCUAGUGGGCUCAGUGUGUUUGAGGCUGGGGGAGAUGACAUGCGUUGGUUCGUAGUGACUGCAGAAAGAUAUGCCCUGGCAGGACGCCCUCUAGCAGAGCUAUGUGACCACAAUGCCAAGGUGGCAAGAGAGUUGAAUCGAUUCCAAGUUUCCCAGACAUGGACCAUGUUGAGAAUUAUUUAUGGCACACCUGGUACAGUACCUCCUGCCAACCUGAAUCAUAGCAUGGGAAAAGGGAGUGCAUCUCUGCCGCUGCUGAAUAGCUUUAAAGAAAUGCCUCCAGGCUUGGGCAAUGAGGCGCGGUUAGAGCACAGCAAAGGUGAUAGCCGCGCAGACAGUAUGGAUCCUACGGCAAAUAACAAUGAAGAGAACGAGGAGACGGAGGGCAGCGAUGUCCCUGCUGAUUAUAUGUUUGGAGACGUUGAGGGAGACGAAGAUGAACUUUACAUGAUGGAACAUGAACCUCCUGCUGAGGAACAGGAGUUGGUGCUUCCACAGGAGGGAUUUAACUUGCGUCAUGAAAUCACAGAAGACCCCUCAGCUUUAGACCACCUGCAGGAGAAGGCAGAUUCCCCCCACGUGAGCGGCAACGAGGCAGAAGCAGUGUCUCUGACUCCAGUGGAGUCAUUCUCCCUUAUCUCCAUCUCCCAUGCCCUCUAUGAAAACAAACUGCCCUCCGACUUCUUCAGCCCCAUCGUGCGUGACAUGCUGCGCUUCUACGCCGAGCAGGGAGACGUGCAGAUGGCCGCGUCUGUCCUCAUCGUGCUUGGAGACCGAAUACGCAAAGAGAUAGACGAACAAACACAGGAGCACUGGUUCACUUCCUACAUAGAUCUUCUUCAACGAUUCAAGCUGUGGAAUGUCUCCAACCAAGUGAUCAAACAGAGCACCUGCGGCGCCAUCAACUGCCUCAACCAAGCGUCCACCACUCUCCACAUCAACUGCAGUAAUUGCAAGAGGCCCAUGAACAAGAAGGGCUGGAUCUGUGAUCGGUGCCGGCAGUGUGCCAGCAUGUGCGCGGUCUGCCACCAUGUAGUGAAAGGCCUGUUUGUCUGGUGCCAGGGCUGCGGUCACGGAGGACACCUUCAACACCUCAUGAACUGGAUGCAGUCGAAUUCCCAGUGCCCAGCUGGCUGCGGCCAUCUCUGUGAAUAUAGUUGAAUAAUGUAUAUUUUGCAAUACAUCGGCAGCUCUCCUCCAAUCCCAUGGAGUGUUGACCACCAUAGACUCAAUCGGCGAACCCAACCCAGAAUACAGAAGAGGACCAUGCAAAUCUGCGUGAACCGUUUUAAAAUGCUACAAUUGGAAAGAUUGGUUUGUAAAUAUGCUCUUUUAUGGAAAGUCGUCUUAUGUAGACGGUAUUGGAUACAUGUAUUGUGCUACCUACCCAGUCUGAACAAAAUCAAGUAGAGGAUUUGAGCUCUUCUUCCCCUUUUAUUAUAGACAUUGGAUGAAAAGAUCCUAAAAUCUCCCAUCUGACCUUCGCCAAGAAAGGCUGAAAAUAGGAAUACAAACCGUGCACCGAUCUCCAUUUUUGUUUUGUUUAUUUUUGUCCCUGCCCUCUUUUUCUACACUAAUUUGUUGCCAAACACCAGGCCAAUUACUAGGUCAGAGCAUGAACCAAGAGUCACGCAGCUAAUUAUCUAAAAACCAGUGCCCAGCAAAGCACUUGGUUAGCUAAAUUGCUGUACAUCUACCACUCGCUGUGUCAGUCACCCCAGACAAUUUGUGCCAUUAGUUCCUUUAGCUGCACAGAAUUGACACGCAGCAAGCAUGAACGGACAUUCAUCUGUUCAGAUUUAUUACGUGUUAUCCUUUCGACUUUUUAAUUUUUUUGAGGCUGAAGUGACCACUUUUUCCUUUCAGAAGGAUAUUUUUUUUUGAAUUUGAGAUUGCUGACAUUGCCUCUAGGGUAAAAAAAAACACAGCCUUCAACUUAGCUGCUAGUUUUUCUGUAAUGGAUGUCCGCUCUGAAACUGGUCCUCGAGAAUUCCUUUAAAAACA